AUGCUCGACCACCACAGCCCUGAGCCAGAACCAGAACCAACUGCGGAGAAGUACAAGAAGACCGCAUUAACCAUGCGAAUCACUUCUAUUGAAUUUAUGGAUGAAUUUGAAGACAAGACGAGUGGAAAGUAUAAGAAACUCAGUGAUCAGAUUGUUCCACAGAUCAGUGUGGUCCUGAGCACACUCCUUGGAGAUAACUUUGUUGGUUAUGAGAUCGCAUCGCUAGCCAAGGGCUCAGUCGUCGUCAACGGAGUUAUUUUAACACGAAGAAUACCAGGACGCCGAAGACUUGGCCACUAA